GGUGACGAGAUCAUUUUCCUAUAGAACUCAACUGUACCUACUAAGACAGUUUGAUAAUAAUGCUGUGCACGUACGUCACCAUAAGAUCACACCAUCCAGCCCUUCACUGCGACUGUAAUUGCUAACCAUUUCAAGUUUCGUAGGCAAAUGCUUCUCGUCAACUUCAUUGCGAGAGACAGAUCACAGAGAGUGAGGAGGACUGAAGAGGAGAUAUGGGCAGCAACAAGAAGGGAAGAACAGUUUUGGAGGUUGGAGCUGAUGGAGUGGCGGUAAUAACCCUCAUCAACCCUCCUGUGAACUCCCUCUCCUUCGAUGUAUUACUCAGCCUAAAAGAGAAUUAUGAACAAGCACUGCGAAGAGAUGACGUGAAGGCAAUUGUCGUUACUGGUUCUGUGGGCAAGUUUUCAGGAGGUUUCGAUAUCACAGCUUUUGGUGGAAUUCUGAAGAGAAAGAUGGAGCAGCCAAAGCCAGGUUUUAUGUCAAUAGAAAUCGUCACUGACACUUUUGAAGCUGCGAGAAAACCUUCAGUAGCUGCUAUUGACGGCCUUGCCCUUGGUGGUGGAUUAGAGGUCGCAAUGGCUUGCCAUGCACGCAUUUCUACUUCGACUGCACUACUGGGCUUGCCUGAACUUCAACUUGGAAUAAUUCCAGGAAUUGGGGGAACACAAAGGCUACCACGUCUUGUGGGUCUUACAAAGGCACUUGAAAUGAUCCUGAUGUCAAAGGCAGUUAAAGGAGAUGAAGCUCAUUCCUUGGGCCUUGUUGAUGCCAUAGUGCCACCAAAUGAGCUGCUGAACGCUGCUCGUCGUUGGGCCCUGGAUAUCGUGGAGUGCAGAAGACCAUGGGUUGCUAGUCUUUACAAAACUAACAAGUUAGAGCCCCUUGGGGAGGCUAGGGAGAUACUCAAGUUUGCAAGAGCUCAGGCCCGAAAACAAGCUCCCAAUCUCGAACACCCAUUAGUUUGCAUUGAUGUCAUUGAAGAGGGUAUAGUUUCUGGACCACGCGCUGGACUUUGGAAGGAGGUAGAGGCUUCUCAGGGACUUGUUCAAUCUGAAACUUGCAAGAGCCUGAUCCACAUCUUUUUUGCUCAACGUGGAACCUCGAAGGUUCCUGGGAUCACAGAUCAGGGUUUGGAUCCCAGGAGAAUAAACAAAGUGGCAAUUCUUGGCGGAGGAUUAAUGGGAUCUGGAAUUGCGACGGCAUUGAUACUUAGUAAUUACCCAGUGAUUCUGAAAGAAGUCAAUGAGAGGUUCCUAGAGGCCGGGAUUGGGAGAGUCAAAGCCAAUCUGCAAAGUCGUGUAAAAAAAGGGAAAAUGACUCAAGAAAAGCUUGAGAAGACCCUAUCGCUUCUCAAGGGUGUUCUUGACUAUGAAAGCUUCAGGGAUGUGGACAUGGUUAUAGAGGCAGUCAUUGAGAAUGUCUCGUUAAAACAACAAAUUUUUUCCGAUCUUGAAAAAUAUUGUGCUCCCCAUUGCAUACUUGCUAGUAAUACUUCCACCAUCGACUUGAACUUGAUUGGAGAGAAGACCAAGUCCCAAGAUAGGAUUAUUGGGGCCCAUUUCUUUAGGUAAUAUUGAUGACUAGCCUUAUUGGGUUCUUGAGUAAUGCUAAACCUGCUGGGAUGCCUGCAUACUAGAACUUGCCCUGGAAUUGGAGGAACCCAUCCUGUACAGCUGUGCAUCCCAGUGAGGAAAUGGCCUUCAAGUACUGAAAAGUUUGUUGGGUUACUGUACUCCCCUGGUUUCU